AAAAGGACAUCGGGUUGAUUAAACUUUUUCAACUUUCCUACUCUUAUGAUUUCAGUAUAAAUUCCAUCUUCGUGACCGAGCUCAUCUUCUCUAGUCUGAAUCUCGGAUCGGAUCAAAGAUGGGUCGAAGGCGAUCCAGCCAGGUCAACAUCAUAUCCAUGUUAUCUCUCUUCUUCUUCCUUGUUUCAUCUGCGCACUGUUUCUACCUCCCUGGUGUUGCUCCUCGAGAUUUUCAAACAGGUGAUCAGCUUUCUGUUAAAGUGAACAAAUUGUCUUCCACAAAGACACAACUUCCGUAUGACUAUUACUACUUGCGCUACUGCAAACCUCGCAAGAUUGUGAAUAAUGCAGAGAACUUGGGCGAGGUCCUUCGUGGUGACCGCAUUGAGAACUCGGUUUAUACUUUCAAUAUGCUACAAGAGCUUCCAUGCCAGGUGGCAUGUCGAGUAAAGCUCGAUCCUGAAGCUGCAAAGAACUUCAAAGAAAAAAUUGAUGACGAAUAUAGGGUGAAUAUGAUUUUGGAUAACCUUCCAGUUGCUGUUGUUAGACAAAGGCGUGAUGGAAGUCAGCCCACCACUUAUGAACAUGGUUUCCGUGUUGGGUUCAAGGGAAACUAUGCAGGGAGUAAAGUGGAGAAAUAUUUUAUAAAUAACCACUUGAGCUUUAGAGUUAUGUACCACAGGGAUCUUGCGGGAGAUACUGCUCGAAUAGUGGGAUUUGAAGUUACACCAAACAGCAUUAAUCAUGAGUACAAAGAGUGGGAUGAGAAGAACCCUCAGGUGACAACUUGCACUCAGAAAACAAAAGAGAUGAUUCAGGGGAGUACUGUUCCACAAGAAGUAGACACAGAUAAAGAGAUUAUCUUCACUUAUGAUGUGUCUUUCAAGGAAAGUGAAAUAAAAUGGGCUUCACGUUGGGACACUUACCUGCUAAUGAAUGACGAUCAGAUCCACUGGUUCUCCAUCAUCAACUCUCUAAUGAUCGUUCUCUUCCUUUCUGGUAUGGUUGCCAUGAUCAUGAUGAGAACUCUCUACAAAGACAUUGCUAACUACAAUCAAUUGGAAACACAAGAUGAAGCACAGGAAGAAACAGGGUGGAAGCUUGUCCAUGGAGACGUUUUCAGGCCUCCUAUUAAUUCUGGGUUACUAUGUGUUUAUGUGGGGACUGGUGUUCAAAUAUUUGCAAUGACCCUUGUGACGAUGAUAUUUGCUGUGCUGGGCUUCCUCUCACCUUCCAACCGAGGUGGCCUCAUGACAGCCAUGGUUCUAUUAUGGGUCUUCAUGGGCCUAUUUGCCGGUUAUUCAUCAUCACGCUUAUACAAAAUGUUUAAAGGAACGGAGUGGAAGCGGAUCACCUUAAAAACUGCAUUCAUGUUCCCUGGGAUUCUUUUUGGGGUCUUCUUUGUACUGAAUGCUCUCAUCUGGGGGGAACGUUCCUCCGGGGCUGUCCCAUUCGGAACCAUGUUUGCUCUCGUUUGCUUAUGGUUUGGCAUCUCGGUGCCUUUAGUUUUUGUGGGAAGCUAUUUGGGUUACAAGAAAUCGGCUAUGGAAGACCCAGUGAAGACAAACAAGAUCCCAAGGCAAAUACCUGAACAAGCAUGGUACAUGAAGCCAGCCUUUUCCAUCCUUAUUGGCGGGAUUCUUCCUUUUGGUGCUGUUUUCAUUGAGCUCUUCUUUAUCUUGACGUCCAUAUGGCUAAACCAGUUCUACUACAUCUUCGGGUUCCUCUUCAUCGUUUUUGUGAUCUUGCUGAUCACAUGUGCUGAAAUAACUGUCGUUCUUUGCUACUUCCAGCUGUGCAGUGAAGACUAUCACUGGUGGUGGAGGGCAUAUCUGACUUCCGGGUCCUCAGCUUUAUACCUUUUCCUCUACUCCAUUUUCUACUUCUUCACUAAGCUGGAAAUUACAAAGCUGGUCUCAGGCAUUUUGUAUUUCGGGUACAUGUUGAUUGCAUCAUAUGCCUUCUUUGUAUUGACUGGAACGAUCGGCUUUUAUGCAUGCUUCUGGUUCGUCCGGAAGAUAUACUCGUCUGUGAAGAUCGACUGAACGAUGUAUGGAUGGAUGGCAUCAACCAAGUAGUGAAACAAGCAUUUUCAGUUCAAGGGCAGUUUAGUCAGAUCAGCCACUUUACUGGAAAAGGGCUGAAGGUAGCAAGGACUGUAGCGAGAGUUUGGGGUAUUGCCCAGGAGCAUGACUAUUCUGUGGACUGUCUGUCUGUAUGUGCGUCUGUGUUUGUUUUUCUUUUGGUUUACAGUGUCUGUCGAUUAUUAUAUUUCCUGAACUAAAUACACCUUCGACUAGCAAUUUAUGUGGUAGGAAUGGCUGAAGAGAUUUCUCAAUCUUGACCUUUGUGGAUUAAUACAAUGUCUGUCCUGUUGGGAAUGUUUUAUUUAUUAUACCUCAAUUUUCCGAGUACUGUUAUUUUAGGAUUGUUUUUGGUUUUUUAUUGGUGAUGAAAAAGAGUGUAUUUCUUUCUCCAACUAUAAAGAAGCUCUAUAAAUAGCAUAACGGUAUGCCCAAAGCUUAUAC